CCCUGGUCGGCUCCGCCCUGAGGCCGGGGGCGGUCCGACCUGCUGUCAGGCAGCAGAGCUGCCGCGCUCCGAGCGAGUUCUUGCAGUUUCGGCCUCGCCGCAUCAUGUCCUGCCGCUCGCUGUUGCUGGCCGCGCUCUUCCCCGCUCUGACCCUGGCCUACUUCCCGGAGGAGCGCUGGUCCGAGGAGUCGCCGCUGCUCUCUCCGCGGGUCCUCAUCGCCAUCAUCGCCCGCAACAGCGCGCACGGACUGCCGGCCUUCCUGGGCCGCAUCGAGGGGCUCCGGUACCCCAAGGACAGGCUCAGUCUGUGGAUUGCCACGGACCACAAUGUGGAUAACACCACCGCAGUAUUGAGAGAAUGGCUGGUGAAUGUACAAAGAUUUUACCAUUCCAUUGAAUGGAGACCCAUGGAUGAGCCAAAAUCUUACCCCGAUGAAAUCGGGCCAAAGCAUUGGCCGGACUCUCGAUAUGAACACGUUAUGAAGCUACGACAAGCAGCACUAAAGGCAGCCAGAGACCGGUGGGCUGAUUAUAUUUUGUUUAUAGAUGCAGAUAACUUCUUAACCAAUCCAAACACCCUAACUCUACUCAUUGCUGAGAAUAAGACAGUUGUUGCACCGAUGUUGGACUCACGCUCUGCCUAUUCCAAUUUCUGGUGUGGAAUGACCUCCGAGGGUUAUUAUAAGCGGACUCCAGCCUACCCUCCGAUACGGAAACGGGACAGACUGGGCUGUUUUCCGGUGGUUAUGGUACACUCCACAAUGCUGAUUGAUCUUCGCAAAGAAGCCUCCAAGAAACUGGCGUUUUACCCCCCACAUCCAUCCUACACCUGGUCUUUUGAUGACAUCAUAGUCUUUGCAUAUUCAUGCAAGCAAGCGGGAGUCCAGAUGUACAUCAAUAAUAAAGAGCACUUUGGGUUCCUGCAGGUACCUCUGAAGUCGACCAGCACCAUGCAAGAUGAGGUGGAGAGUUUUAUUCAUGUCCAGCUGGAGGUGAUGGUGAAUCACCCUCCCAUGGAGCCUUCUAAAUUUCUGCCUGCGCCUCCAAAAUACCCAGAUAAGAUGGGCUUUGAUGAGGUUUUUCUGAUUAACUUGAAGCGACGCCCAAAACGGAGAAUGCGAAUGCUUCGUUCCCUGUACGAGCAGGAGAUCGCCUGUGAAAUCUUUGACGCAGUUGAUGGAAGAGCUUUCAACAGCAGUCAGAUUAAAGAACUUGGUAUCACAAUGUUGGCAGAAUACCAAGACCCAUAUUCAGGACGGCCCCUAACUAAAGGGGAGCUGGGCUGUUUCCUCAGUCACUACAACAUCUGGAAGGAGAUUGUUGACCGAGGUUUGCAGAAGUCAGUACUGUUUGAAGAUGAUCUACGGUUUGAAAUCUUCUUCAAACGAAGACUGAAGUACCUGAUGAAGGAAGUGGAGAAAGCUAAACUCGACUGGGACCUAAUUUACAUUGGCCGAAAACGAAUGCAGGUGGAUCACCCGGAGAAGGCAGUGUCUGGCGUCCGAAAUCUGGUUGUGGCUGAUUAUUCUUACUGGACUCUGGGAUACGUCCUCUCGCUGAAAGGAGCAAAGAAACUCAUUGAUUCCAAGCCGUUUGACAAAAUGUUACCAGUGGAUGAAUUUCUACCCAUAAUGUACAACAAACACCCGAUAUCCAAGUAUAUGGAUCACUUUGAGAAGCGUAACCUGAAGGCUUUCUCCGUGGAACCGCUUCUGGUCUACCCCACGCACUACACGGGUGAGUCGGGCUAUGUCAGCGACACUGAGACCUCCACGGUCUGGGACAAUGAGAAGCUGAAGACUGACUGGGACCGCGCCAAGUCACAGAAGACCAGAGAGCAGGUAAAGAUCCGGGAAGCAGCUCAGAACCUUGACGUGUCGCAUUCACCGAUGGACUCGACUUCCAGGGAUGAGCUGUGACCCGUGGCUUGCACCCGCACAAAGGCUGUUCGUAAAGGAGGGUGCUGAAACUGGACAGGGAUAUGCCAUGUCUUGAACUGAGUUGAGAUGACGUUCAAAGCACGACUAAGUGAGGUAACGCUCUUCACUGUGGUGACCAGCAGUUAUGCUGAGUUAGCUGUUGAUUAAUUUGUUAUGUGCCUCGAUGUAUUAUUAUUAAUAGCUAGCCAUGCACAAUUCACCUCAAAAAGACUGAAUACCAUGGAGGGCCAAAGCAGAAAAAUCAAACAAGUGAUAUUGAAUCGAUCAUCUGUUAUAUACCUCGCUCAUCAUUGAGUUCUAUUGACUUAAAUCGAACAGAGUAUCAGAAGGGGUUUAUAACUGAUGUGACAUCAAUGAGUACUGAUCACUUCUUCACAUUGCCUUACGAUUCUGCUUGGACUUUUAAUAUAACACUAAUCUCAGUCUUUAUUUUACAGUUUGAUUUCUGUUGGUGCUGUUCCUGCAGUUGUUGCGGUGUUGGCCCCUGUGGGUUUUAUCGGCUGUGUACUAAUCUGAUUGCUGGGUGAAAGUCCCAUUGCUUUUGUAAGGACACAUCAUUCUAACCUGGUCAAGUGCUGUAUCUCUAGCAAAGGAUGUUCUGGGAAAUGAGCUGAUGCAAAAAUCAGCCUCUGCUUUCUGGUUAGCUAAUAACUGGCGAGCAGCGUAGUCUUCCAAAGCCCAGAGGUGUACAAAUGAGGGAAGCUAGUGAAUUACAUAAGAGGCAGAGGUGUGCACACAGCUCACAAAGCAUGUUAGUACUGUCAGUACCUGCUCACACAUUGUGUAAGUCCAGUGGUACAAUCCACACAAAUGUCGAAAAUGGAGCUGGGGUCCAGCUCAGAUCGAUUGAAUCAAGUGGUGGAACACCUCUGAGAUACUGUGAAUUCCAAACCAAAUUGUCCACAGAUCAUUACUUAAAGAAGGUUCUAUGUCUUACUAUUCAUUAUAAAGCUGCCCUGUGCCCCCGUGUGCAGAUCUUAAGUAAGUUUAUUGACUACACAUUGGAUGUUGGGAAUAAUUUUGAUCUUCAUUGAGAAUCUGGUACAUCUUACAGAGAUGCAGGUUGCCAGAACAGUGCCAAGAAUUUUACACUGUUGCUAAAGUCCAAACCAAGGAACGGGUCAGCUUCAUGCUGUUUCUAGUUUGUUUGUUCCUGCUGCUCCAAACCUCCUGGAACCCCUGUUUGAUGUAUAUCUGGGAUCUGCAGUCCCUUCAUCCAGCCACUGUUAAUUCAUUACAUUGCCCUGUCAUUGUGGAUGUAUCAGGCAGCUGGGACCCGGAUCAGCUUCAGUUUUGGCUUUGAGCAAGACACGAACUGCUGGAGGAAAUCAGUGGGUUGAGCAGCACCCGCAGGUAUUGAGUUCAUCCAGCAGUUUGCUUUUUGCCGCAGGCUGCUCAUCUGCACUCUUAAUUUUGGCUUUUUUUCAUUCUUCUUUGACACAUGCAAACUUGAGCACAUUUUUCAUGGGACUAGUCCAUUAUUAGCUUAUGUACAACACCAGAGGUGAUUCAACAAGUACAAGGAACAAUAUUACUCUCUCCUUGCUUUUUGAAAUUCCAAAGCAACAGCUGGAUAGGUUACAGAUAUCAGUGAGUGUAUUCUGAACUGUUUUUUCCCCGUUACUUAUGCCAAAACUAAGUAUCACCUUAUUGAAUAUUCUGUCUGCUCCUGCUCUCUCCCUGUUCAAUUCAUUCCACACAGACCACCCACUGGCUGAAGUAAUUCAAUCAACAUGAUUUGUUCAGCUCUCAACUUGGUUCCCACCUACUCCCAUAUAUUAUAGUUGGUUAUGGUUCAAGGUGUUGGAGGAACUCAGCGGGUCGGGCAGCAUCAGUGAUUGGAAAUGGACCCUCGAUUAUUUGGAUUGACAUCCGUCAUCUGGAAGAGAAACUGCUCCCCCCGACCCUUCCCCUGCCACCUCCCCCUCUCCACCUCACUCCCAGCCUCCCCCCCCCGCCCCAUCAGUUCACUCCUGGCCUCCCCUCCCCCAUCACUUCACUCCUGGCCCCCCCCCCCACCUCACUCCCGGCCUCCCUCCCCACCCCACCUCACUCCCGGCCUCCCACCCCA